AAAGUGAACGAGACCAUGAGGGAAGAAAAUCACUCAGUGGUGUCUGAGUUUGUGUUGGUGGGACUCACCAGUUCUUUGGAGAUACAACUUGUCCUCUUUCUAGUUUUCUCUGUGUUCUAUGUAGCAGGUAUUUUAGGAAACCUCCUCAUUGUGCUCACAGUGAUGUCUGACUUCCACUUGCACUCCCCCAUGUACUUCUUGCUGGCCAACCUCUCCUUUAUUGACAUGUGGGUUUCCUCCAGUGCAGCUCCAAAGAUGAUUUCUGAUGUUUUCAAGGAGAGAAAAGUAAUCUCUUUCCAAGGCUGCAUUGCUCAAAUAUUCUUCAUUCAUGUUAUUGGAGGAACUGAGAUGGUGCUGCUUGUAAUCAUGGCGCUUGACUGAUAUGUUGCUAUAUGUAGGCCUCUCCACUACGUGACCAUCAUGAACUUCCAUACUUGUAUUUUACUCUUGGUGGCUGCCUGGAUCAUUGGAAUCAUCCACUCGCUGAUCCAACUAGUAUUUGCUGUAAAUCUACCAUUCUGUGACCACGAUGAAGUGGACAGCUUUUACUGUGAUCUUCCUCGAUUUAUUAAGCUUGCCUGCACAGACACCUACAGAUUGGAGCUCACGGUAUCUGCCAAUAGUGGGUUCAUCUCGUUGGGAACUUUUUUCCUUUUGAUUAUCUCCUACAUGUUCAUCUGGAUCACUGUUUGGCAACAUUCUUCCAGUGGCUUGUCUAAGGCCGUGUCUACACUGUCAGCUCACAUCACAGUGGUGGUCUUAUUUUUUGGUCCGUGCAUCUUUGCGUAUUUGUGGCCAUUUCCCACGGUGCCAGUGGAUAAAUUCCUUGCCAUUUUUGGUGUAUUUAUCACCCCAUUUAUGAACCCUGUCAUCUACACUUUUAGGAACAAAGAGAUGAAGGUGGCAAUGAGGAGACUAUUAAGCCAGAUCUUGAGUUUUAGGAGGCUGUUUUAAAUGAUAUUG